AGCGAUGUUGGCUUUGAUAUAAAGACCUUAGAUACCGUAUUGUCCCAAAACAAACUAAUAACGAACUUYACGUACUGGACCUCGGUUAACGAUGAACCACCAAACUCGCCCAUAAAGCUAAGAACUUUGAUAAACUUUUACUCAAUCAGUUAAAGGAACUUUUAGAUAAAUGUUAUAUCAAGAUUCAACUGAUCGGAAGUAUGUUUAUAACUGUGAAAUAUGGUGAUUACCAACAAGCCUUAUUYAACCCAAACUGUCUGACRAAAAACCUUUUAGAUGAUAUYAAGAGAAGAUGCAARUGCGAAAAAGACGCUUUAGUGGACUUAUCUGAUGAACAUGGUAACAUCAAAAACCUCCUUCAGAAUACCAAUAGACCAGCAGUUGACGUACUCAAGCCUAGGGGCACAUUCAUUCUAAUCAGAGUAGAAAAGAAAGAGAACACAGAAAUUCCAACAUACACACCAUUAUGUACUGAUAUAGAAGUGGUAACAACAGCAUUUGUAGAACGUYUGACUCGUCCAGACAGCCAGUUAAGUCAGAGAAACGUUGAAAGCCGUCAAAGAAGAAAGUCAAGUAGUUCAUCAUGGCAGCGAGCAAGAACAUCAUUGAUGUCAGUUAGUGGUAACACAAAGGCACGAAAACCAUCUAAACAAGACAAACGAUCUGUACAAAUAUCCAGGGAAAAUACCAAAUUAGUUACUUUAUAGCUUCGACAUGAACAAAAAUGAAAAAAUUUGAAUGCAUAGUUGUGACACUAGUACCUGUUAUCAAUGUGGUGCCAUGCAUCAUUGAUACUAAUGAUCUGUAGAAAUUGUACACAGAAGAUCAACCCAGUGUGUUCAUCCACUCUGAUCCAUUCACCUUCAUAAAGGACCGUUUCUCCUGACCAAAGUUAGACUUCCCUCACAAAAUACAACAAAGCAAUACCCUAUAUAUCAUUUUAUCAGGAUAUUAUGAGUAGGGUCAUCAUAACAAUAACAUGUUAUAUAACUUCAUUGAUGGUGGAGUUUUAAGAUUGA